UGGAGCCUUGGGCCCAGUAGUCAUGGCUCAGGAAGGGGAAGACGUGAGGGACUACAACCUGAAUGAAGCGCAGAAGGCGAUCAAGGCCAAGUACCCCCCGGCUAUCCGGAAAUACGAGUAUCUGGAUCACACAGCUGAUGUACAGUUACACGCUUGGGGAGACACAUUGGAAGAAGCAUUUGAGCAGUGUGCAAUGGCCAUGUUUGGUUACAUGACAGAUACGGAGACUGUGGAGCCUCUCCAGACAGUUGAGGUGGAAGCUGAAGGAGAUGACCUGCAAUCUCUUCUCUUUCACUUUUUGGAUGAGUGGCUUUAUAAAUUUAGUGCCGAUGAAUUCUUCAUACCUCGGGAAGUGAAAGUACUAUCUAUUGACCAAAGAAACUUCAAAUUACGCUCAAUUGGGUGGGGAGAAGAGUUUUCUUUGACCAAGCACCCUCAGGGGACUGAAGUCAAGGCAAUAACAUAUUCAGCGAUGCAAGUCUAUGAUAAGGAGAAGCCAGAAGUUUUUGUAAUUAUUGACAUUUAAAGCACAGUGAAAGUCCUUCUAAGAAGAGCUGUUGUUUCUUUUCCCUUGGGGGAAAACACAGUAAUUGACCUAAAAAAGGAGAGAAAGAAAAAGGACAGAUAUGGAUAACUAGCCUUCUCAUAAGAAACUGAAAAUUUGGGGCACAGGUGUAUUCUACCCUCUCUCUAUUCAAACUUGGAGAAAAAUUCAGGUGGCAGAGUAUGUUUCCUCAUUUAUGAAUUAUUGGCUAAAGUAGCAAGAAAUUUAAUCUUCCCUACCCCUACUAUUGCUGUUGAAGCAUACUAGCCCUAUGGGCUUUUCUAUAUUUUCCAUUUUUGAAAAUGGGUCAUUGAGAAGAUAGGUUUCAGUAAAUUUUGCUUUUUAUCCAGUUUGCUAAGAUAAUUUUAAGUUACACAUAUGAAACAGCUAAAUGAUGGGCUACUGUGAGGUGCCAUAUCUCUUGUACUCCAUCUGGAUUCAUUUUUAAAGAAAUGGUUAUAGUUGCACUAUAAAAAGACUUUUUCUUUGAAAAAUUCACUGAAACAUUUCGACUCCUUCUCUUCUUCCUUUUUUGUUUCCUUGCAAGUGACUGUAAGAUAUGAUGGCUUCCUAAUACUUUAAUUUUAAAAUAAACAUGGGUAGAUUGUUAAAGACUGGAAGGGAAAUAUGUUUAGGUGUGUGUUUGUUGUAAUUAACAGUGCAGCCCUUCUCUGGUAAGGGUUCAGGUGAUCAGGAAAAUUACACUCAAAUGACAGCCUUGUUGCUUUCCUUUUCAGUGAAACUGUUCAGUCACAUUUUUAACUUGACCUUGCUCUGUUGCUCCAACUGCAGAAAAGAUUUUGUUGAAGCAUCUCUCCUAGUGCAGAAAACUUUAGUUUGCUAUUUAUACACUUUUUAAAAAUGGCCAGUGAGUAGUGCUAUCACUUAUUUCUGUAUCUGCCAAGAUUUACCUGAAAGGAAGAUUUUGGCCAUGUAAAGAAGAAUACCUUUAUACAACAGUAGCAUUGUCCUUCUGUGACUUAGCAGAAAGUGGAGUUAAUAAUGACUUGGGCCAAGAGUCCGUUGAUUGGAAAAAACUGUGAUCUACAAAAAUGAGCAUUUUGUCUUAUAUAUAUAGGCUGACCAAUUCACGUCAGCAUGGAGCAUUACUGGACGAAAAUGAUAUCUUGUAAAUCUAAAAUGACUUGCAAUUUUCCUGGUGUAAGUUUGUAUAUCUUCAAGCAAAAUUGUCAAAAAGAGCUUCCUUAAUCUUUUUGUAAUUAGUCAUUUUUUGAAUAAAAGAUUUCUGUUGUAUAACC